AUGCUCUUGACGGCCAAGGGAGAAAAGGUUUACGUGGGCAAGACCGCUGCAAUAUCGAUGCUCCAGUUUCUCCGGAAUGUCCUUCGACGGUAUGCAGGACCUUCAACUUUCACUGAAAGUCGACGGAGUAACUCGAUGUUGGAGGCCACUCUGAGGUCCACAUCCCACAGGCCUUCCGACUUUGUGGAUAACUUGGACCUAUCGGAACGAACCGAGUUAAUCCACUAUUACAAAGUUACGUCAAACGGAUUUCUCAAUCUACUCACGGGUGGCAUACUGAGCCAGCUUAAUUCCGAAACCAUUGCUACACCUGAAUUCGAAGACACAUCGUUGAAGGACGAUAUAACGGCAGCCUACUUGGUAAUUGCCAUUGGAGCCCACUGCAGAGGUAACGGUGACAAAGAUGUCAAGACAUCUUCAAACUAUUUCGCGGAGGCACAACGCCUCGGCUUCCAGGAUAUGCUGCUCAAUCCGAGUCUUUCCAUGGUGAGAAACUUUAUCCUUAUGGCGUUUUACAUGUUCUGUGCUUGUCGUAGAAACACGGGCCUGUUGUACUUGGGAGUUGCAUCGCGAGCAGCCACUAUCCUCGGUUUACACUUACCGGAGUUAAAUGCGACUUUACCGGCCGAUAUACGGACGGCGAGAGUGCAAAUAUGGAAGAGCCUUCGAGUUCUCGAUCUCAUUACCAACUCUAUACUGGGUAGACCCAGCGGGACGCAGGAUAUCCAGCCAGAGGCCCAGGAGGCGAGAGGGAAAACCGAGUUACUCCCUCAUACUUCGAUGACAUUAGAUGCCAUGUUUGAGUCCUGCUCUAUCGUUGAACUCAUAGCACAGAAGAUAACUCGCGACGGAACUCUUGACAUUCCCACAACCGAAGAGUUCCUGCAGAAAUUACGCGGUUGGGCACAAGGUCUGCCGCCAACUCUACGUCAACUGUUGACUCGAGAGAACGACGGUUGCGUGGAGGAUAACCACCAACAAGCAGCUAUUGGCAACAUUCAUGUAGCUUGCAACUAUUAUUUCGGCGUCAUGUUAGCUACAAGGCAAUUUCUCAUCAGCGAGGCUAUCACUUGGCUGCAACAAAAACAAGCAAACCAAAAUGAGGGACAAUCCUUUGCGCCUUCUCCAUCAGUUGCAAAGGCUCAAGAGCUAGCAAGAGUUUGUACCGACUCUGCUACUUACCUUGUACAAAUGUGUCAUGACGCUGGCACAUCUGAUUUCCUGCUAGGUAAUAUGUGUAUACUUCAGGCGUGGAUUUUCGCCGCGGGACUUAUCCUUGGCCUCUCUCUCCUAAGGCCACCCGAAAUAACGAGUUCAGAAUCGCAUUUUUACUUUACUUCAUCGCAGAACGUCUUGAAACGGAUUGCGAAAUUGAGUCCUCAGGCACAACGUUACGCCGAAAUCUUGUCCGACUUCUCAAGAGCGAUCGAAGGAUACCACCGACAGCUACAAAAAGAUUUCUCUUCGAACAAUAUUCUCUUGGAACGAAUAUUGAAGCCUACGCCAUCUAAUGAGAGCGGCAACAUUACAACAGGACUCCCUUCACCGAUGAUUAGUCACAUGGGGUAUUCAUCGACUGAAGAGGGAGACAAUCCGUCCAUCGACUUGCUCGACGGUAUGCUAAUGCACGAGCCAAGCGCCAUCGCUCUGUCAUUACAGAAUACUGAUGAUUUUGGAUUCAACAUUCUAUGGGACGAUUACAUGUCCACCACAGAACCUCAGGAGGCAUCAUUCAAUGGAAAUUUUGAGCAAUCAUCUUGGCGUUUAAAUGACCUUACAUCAAAUUUGUAUCAAGAAGGAAGUGGUUCAUAA